CUUGUUUUGUUCGCCGGAAAGAACUCGCUGAGAUUCGAUUUUUUUUGUUGUUCUGGUUGAGUUUCAUUCAAAAGGUUUUUGAAACUGGAGGAACAGUUCAACUUGUUUGUGUGUGUGUGUGUGUGUGUUGGUGUUUCCCCUGCUCUCACCAUCCUCACUCCUGGUGUUGCGUUGAGCUCGGUGUGUGUGUGGUUGGACUUCAGGAGCUAAAGCUAACAGGCUCUACGAACACGUUCGAGUCUCAGCGGACAGUGCAGGCGGCAGGUGCCUCCUGUGGAGUGGAGCUUCUGACCUCACCAGUCUGUCAUAUCCUGAACCGUGGUGGGAUCACUGAUGAUCUCUGUUGCUGCCCUCACCAACUCCCAUUUUCCUCCUGCUCUUCCUCCGUAUCCCUCUCCUCCCCUUUCUUAAACUCCCCUCCCCUCCUAUUCUGUGUCUCCCGGCCACAGGCUUAUUACUCAAACCCACUGAAGGGAGCAACACAGUAGCUGGCAAGGGAUGAAGCGGGUCUGCCUGCCAACACCAGACAGAGGAUAGAAGACACAAAAGGACCAGCGAAGGGGAAAGAGACAGAGAGGACGACUAGCGGAGAGAGAGCUACAAUAAAGCUGUGAGAAGCAACAACAGCGUUCAAGAUGCCUCACCGAAGAAAAAACACAAGUUUCACUUGAGCGUCAUGAGCUAGCAAGGCGGCCCCAACAGAUAAAGAACUGUGGACUUUUCUUUUUGCUCCCACACUCAAGAAAAGUUGUGGAGACACACACUCCUGCUCUCUGGGGAUCCUUGUUAACACCUGCUAUGCCUCCUCUGUAAGAAGUGAUAGCCAUGCCAGCCAAGGGGAAGUACCUGCUAAAUGACCAGGAGCUGAAAAAUGAGGCACUGUACCGCAAGUUCUCCUGCAUCAGCCAGUAUCAGCCGCUGGUGCUCCUGUUGGGCCUCUCCAUGCUCUCCUGUGGAAUCCUCCUCAUCCUCUUCUUUGCUCUUCGACUGAGUGCAAAGGAACACUGUGCCUUUGUGAGCGUGGUCAGCGGCAGCCUGUGUGUGUUCCUGGCCGUGUUUGUGCUGGUGUGUACAGAGAUACUCUCACAGCGAUGGAGACGUGUAUUGGGUCUGAUUGUCUGGGCCACACACCUCACCAUGGGCUACACAUUCAUCUUCCGCAGCCCCAUCGUCCUGCCUUGGGACCAGGUGCCUUUUUUCCUCUUUAUCAUCAUCACCGUGUACACCAUGCUGCCAGUCCAGUUGUGGUACGCUGUGGUGCUGAGCGUCAUCUCCUCCCUGUCCCACAUCAUAGCCCUCACAGUGCGCCUCACCAUUUACAGCAACGGGCCCACUCCUUACCUUGCCACCCAGCUGCUGUCCAAUGCUGUGGUGUUUCUGUGUGGCGGUGUGGUGGGAGCCUUCCAUAAGGUCCUGAUGGAGAAAACCCUGAGGCAGACCUUCCAAGACACGCUCCGGUGCCUGAGCAUGCGGAUGAAGUUGGAGAUAGAAAAAAGACAACAGGAGAACCUGCUGCAGUCUGUGCUGCCCGUCUACAUCUCCAUGAAGAUGAAGCUGGCGAUCAUGGAGCGCUUGCAGGACUGCAAAGACAAAGCAGAGCAACAGCGACUCGUCAAAGACAAUAACUUCCACAGCCUUUAUGUCAAGAGGCACGAGAAUGUCAGUAUUCUUUAUGCUGACAUUGUUGGCUUCACACGGUUGGCCAGUGACUGUUCCCCCAAGGAGUUGGUCAUCAUGCUGAAUGAACUGUUUGGAAAAUUUGACCAAAUUGCCAAGGAGAAUGAAUGCAUGAGAAUCAAGAUCCUUGGAGAUUGUUAUUACUGUGUGUCAGGGCUGCCGGUCUCGCUGCCCAAACACGCCAAGAACUGUGUGAAAAUGGGACUCGACAUGUGUGAAGCCAUCAAGCAGGUACGCGAGGCCACAGGAGUGGACAUCAACAUGAGAGUGGGCGUGCAUUCAGGAAACGUGCUCUGCGGUGUCAUUGGCCUACGCAAAUGGCAGUUUGAUGUGUGGUCGCAUGAUGUCACUCUGGCUAAUCACAUGGAGUCGGGAGGUCUUCCAGGACGCGUCCACAUCACAGAGGCGACUCUGAAGCACCUGAACAAGGCAUAUGAAGUGGAAGAGGGCAACGGCCACUUUAGAGAUCCCUAUCUAAAAGAGCCCAAUAUUCCCACCUACCUGGUCAUCGAUCCACGGUCUAAGGACCCAUCUCUGAACGCCCGCAGCGCGCCUAAACAUCGUGUGAAUGAUGGUCUGAAGAUGCGUGCGUCAGUGCGUAUGACCCGUUACUUGGAAUCCUGGGGGGCUGUCAAACCUUUUGCCCACCUGCAGAGCCCAGAGGGCUUCAGCCCAGACACUAUCAUCAAUGGCAAGCCACGCAGCAAGGACAUCCCCCUGCGAUCAGCCCACGGCUCAAAGAUCACCGAGAGCUUUGAUGAGUCUCUAGAGGAACCUUUCUCCUUGCCUGCAUCUCCGUUCAGCAGCUAUAAGAACAAAUCCCAGAAGAGUAAGUUUGAUGAGGAGCUGCACAAUGAGAUGACCACGACCAUAGAUGAGCUCAGCAGCAAGCAGUGGUCUAAGACUGAGGAGAGUAGCAGUUUAGCUCUGUGGUUUCCAAAGAAAGAUCUGGAAAAGCAGUACCGAGCUCUGGAUUUGCCGAUGUUCAAACACUAUGUUGGCUGCGCCACCUUCAUCUUCCUCUGCAUCUUUAUGAUUCAGCUGUUUGUCACAAAGGAUUGGCAGAUGUUGGGAAUGUCAUUUGGAGUGUUGGUUUGUGUGCUGCUGCUGACGCUGGCCAUCUGCUUCGCAGGUCACCUACAGCGGGUGUUUCCUGAGAAGCUCUCGAGGUGCCAGUGGCUGCCAGCUGUGUCCGAGGCGGUGGUGAAGCGGCCGUGUGUGCGUCUCCCUCUGGCCACUAUCACUACUACGGUCAUCAUCAUCUUGGCAGUGUUCAACCUGAGACCUGUGACAGAAAAUAUGGCCGACCUGUGUCCCACAAAUCGUUCCCAUGAGCAUGAAUCAGACGGAGGCCUCUUCUACCUGCCUUACUCUGUAUACUGCUGUAUCCUGUCCCUCAUUGCAUGUGGAGUCUUCCUGCGGGUGAGCUUUGAGCUCAAAGUGCUCUUCCUCACCCUGGCCUCCACAGUAUAUUACAUCCUCAUCCUCAGCACCAAGAGUGAACUCUUUUUGGCCUAUGGAAAUGUCCUCUACGCUCAGACCAAUAGCAGCUGGAACUGCAGCAGCAGAGACGAUGAAUCCAUCCUGAGGUGGAUCGGGCUGGUGAAACACCCGCAGGUGAUGAGCUGCAUAUACAUCACCCUGUUCCUGGUGACCAUGCUCAUCAUCUCACAACAGAACGAGUCCUGCUUCCGUCAGGACUUCCUGCUGAAGUACAAGAACCACACAGAGCAGGACGAGAUCGAGACCAGGGAGAACCUGAACCGCCUGCUGCUGGAGAACGUGCUGCCGGCCCAUGUGGCGGCUCUGUUCGUCGGGGAGAAUAAAAAGAACGAGGACCUCUAUUACAAGUCCUAUGACUGUGUGUGUGUGAUGUUUGCCUCGGUACCGGAUUUCAAAGAGUUUUACACCGAGUGUGAUAUCAACAAGGAGGGCCUGGAGUGUCUCAGGCUGCUCAACGAGAUCAUCGCCGACUUUGACGAGCUGCUGUCCAAGCCAAAGUUCAGCGGUGUGGAGAAGAUCAAGACAAUUGGCAGCACUUAUAUGGCGGCUGCUGGGCUUAGUGGGACGCCCGGUCAGGAGAACAAUCAGGACAAAGAGAGACAACAGGCCCAGAUAGGGAACAUGGUGGAGUUCGCCAUCGCUCUGAUUGGCAAGUUGGACGGCAUCAACAGACAUUCCUUCAAUAGCUUCAGGCUUCGUGUGGGCAUCAAUCAUGGCCCGGUAAUCGCUGGAGUGAUCGGGGCGAGGAAACCUCAGUACGACAUCUGGGGCAACACGGUGAACGUAGCGAGCAGGAUGGAGAGCACCGGGGAGCUCGGAAAGAUCCAGGUAACAGAGGAGACGUCUGGCGUGCUGCAGAAGUUGGGCUACUCGUGCGAGUGUCGAGGAUUUAUCAGCGUCAAAGGGAAAGGGGAGCUGAAGACCUUCUUCGUGUGCACUGACAUGAGCAAGCAGCAGGGUAUGGGGCUGAGCUGAGGCCUGGCUGCCGCACACCCACAGAACUGGAGACUCCUGCACACAAGUCGACGAGUUUACAAACUCCUGCACGCACCACAAGUGUUGACACAGACCUGACUGUAACGUAGCCGUGCUCCCAUGAUGUCACUGGACGAAAAUACUGAGGUGUGUAAAGGACAAACAAAAAAAGAAAAGGAUGCACCGCUGCUCUCUGCCCUUUAGUCAGAUCAGGGUGUGUCAGCCAUGCUGGAGACUUGGUCAGUACGUACAAUCACAACCUUUUCUAUUCACAAACACAUUUACGUCCAGUGCUCAGUCACUUUUCUACCUUUUCUUUUUUGUCUUUAACUUAGAUGUCGUUUGGGAAAGAAAAAAUGUAAAUUGUACUAAUGCCAAAUAAAGUUGUCAUUUUUUUUGAAGACCUCUUUGGUCCUUUAAAAACAAAACAACGGAUUGUGUUUGGAUCAUAUUGUGAAAGCCGUGGGGGUUUCCUGUUUGACACUCUGCUCUGUUACUGUGUAAUGAGCAGGACGUACGUGAAACAGCAUGUACUUUAGAUAAAGAUGUAGAAAAACUUUCAGAUAAACUUUCACUCUCUUUUCAAGCUGCAAACCUGAAAAUCAGUUUCCUCAUCAACUCUGAAUCAUGAAUCUAGUACUUCUCUUCAUGUAAAGUUCUAACAUAUACGACGAGUUAUUUGCUGUUUGAGGAGGUAGACAAAUCCAUUUGCUGUGCGUUUGCCAUCUGUUAGAAAAUGUCCUUUGCUGCCUGUUGCAUAUAUGCUGCAAUGCAGGAAACGAGUGACGCUCUGUGCUGCGUCCUCAACAACCCGCCUGCUGUCAAUGUUUCUCCAGCUCCGGCGGAGAUGGUCACCUGACCUGCUCUGGAUCGCUCUCUGUGCCUCUGAAAACCUGAUCUGUCUCAUGGCCUUGUCUUCUGAGACCCAUCAUCUUGUCUCUGAUUGUGGUUACAUAAUAAUAAUAAUAAUGAUAAUAAUAAUGUAUUGGCCUUUAUGUGAACAAAUGUGACAUUGGAUUUUGUACAGUUACAGAAUGUAAUAAAUGUUUUCCUAAGUGUGGUUUGUCAUUAAAUAUUUCACUCUA